AUGAAGCUGCCAGCGGUCUUCAUCGUCCUCCUCCUCGCUCCUGUGUUGACCAGCUGCACGGAGCUCAUCCAGCCGAGGGACUGCAGCGACAUCCGCCGCCAAGACAAAAGCCAAAGCAGCGGCGUGUACACCAUCUAUCCCCUUGGAGAAAGGUCUGCGGUCCAGGUGUACUGUGACAUGGACUCAGAAGGAGGAGGCUGGACGGUGUUCCAGAGGAGGAUGGACGGCACGGUGAACUUCUACAGACCCUGGGAUCAAUACAAGAUGGGCUUUGGUGACGCUGCUGGAGAGUACUGGCUCGGUCUCAAUGUGAUCAACAUUAUGACAUCUAAGCAAAAAUGUGAGCUGCUGGUGGACAUGGAGGACUUUGAAGGGAAGAAAGUGUUCGCUCGUUACUCUUCAUUUAAGGUGGAUGCUGAAUGUGACGGAUACAAACUGACUCUUACUGGAUUCAAGGACGGAGGGGCAGGAGAUGCCCUGAGUGCUCACAGCGGACAGAAGUUCUCCACAUUUGACAAAGACCAGGACAACUGGCCAGGGAACUGUGCCAAAUCACAACUGGGGGCGUUCUGGUACAACAACUGUCACUUUGCAAACCCUAACGGGGUUUAUCGUUGGGGGGCUGAUGGUACUAUCCGUGCUGUUGGUGUGGAGUGGAAACAAUGGAAAGAUUAUGACUACUCCCUGAAGACCAUCAGCAUGAAGAUCCGUCCUGUCCAGUAA